AACCCUGAAAAACAAAGACCCAAAACUCAUUACUCAUGAGAAAAAAAGCUCCUAUUGAUGGUUCGGAGGGACAACAGCCGCGCCGGAAUCGUAUAUCGACGCUGAUUAAUUAGGGUUUUCUUCGAGGAUAUUGAUGAGAAGACAAGGAUCGUAAUAUUUUUCUGUAACUGCUGCAAUUCAGUAUACAUGGUUGGAUUCUUAGGGAUUAGGGAAGCGGUCAAGUUUGAUUAGAGUUCUAAAAUAGCAAUGGCUGCCUGAGUAAAUGCUUGCAUCGAAGAGCAAGGUUUGUCGUUGUUUUUGAGAACUUGUAACACCUCCCGACGCGGUUUCAACUUUCCGUGAUCUCAGAUCAUAUCCGUCGCUUUCCUUUACAAAAAGCAAAUUGAUUCUUCAUCUAUUCAUGGCUGGAAAUGGCCUACCAAGUUUAGGUCGAGUGAAGCUCACAGACCUAAUAGCAUCCGAAGGCAUUCCUUCAGACACAUACAAACUCUCAGUCUCAACUCUCUCACAAUCACUCGCUCAAUAUUCUGCUGCCAUCAUCCAGUUACCACCAACUGAUGGUGCUCUCUUACGGUGUUGCUUGGAAUCUGCUCGACCUUAUUUCAAUCAAAAACCUCCAUAUCCAUCUUCAGACAUGAUUCACAUUGAUGACUCUCGUGAAUGGUGCAAAACCUCAGGUUACACUGCAGAUCCUCAACUAUGGCAAGAAAGUUAUGAUUACAGACCAGGGUUAACUUCAACAGAACCCAACAACGACAUUGAACUUCCACCUUCUGGAUUGACUGAUAUCUUUAUGCUAUUAGGAAAAGCAGCUCGUGACAUACUCGAUGCAAUCAGCUUUUACUUGAAUCUCAGAAGCUGUGCGUUUACUGAAAUACUGGAUAACGUUCCAUUAAGAAACAGAGAAAUAUCAUCUUCUGUGUUGUCAGUUGGUUGUCAUGCAAGACCAUCUUUUCAAGGAGCUCAACACCAUAACUUAACAACUCAAGAAGAUGGACAAUUAGUUAUGUUUACAGAUCAUGAACAUCAAGUUGAUAAAAGUCUUGUAUCUAUCAUAAAGUCAGAUAAAGCAGGACUUCAUAUAAGAGAUUUUAAUGGUCGAUGGGUGCUUGUGGAUGGUGAUCUUGGUCCUCAAGAAGCAAUUAUGUACCCUGGACUUGCUUUAUAUCAUGCUACUGCUGGCUAUGUUAGUCCAGCUCUUCAUAGAACUGAUAUCAACAGUUUACAUGGUGGCAUGUAUGGAAGAUGUUCUGUUUCUUAUAAACUCAUGCCUAAAUCUAUGACUAGUUUGAAUUGUUCUGAGAUGAGAGCAGCUGGACAUGGUGUUGAAGCUCAGUUUCAGAUUCCAGUAUCGGUUGAUGACUUUAUGCAGAGAUCACAUUCUUUGGAUCAACUUUUUAACAGAAACAGUUUCCCAAGUUUCAGUUUUCCUACAGCUCAAGAAGGAUCUAUAAAACCUUUAAUGAAGAGAAAGAAGAACAGCACUAGGUGUAAGCCUUUACCCCCUUCUAAAAGGCUACGCCUUGAAGCUCAAAGGGUUCUAAAAGAAAGGGUUCAAGACAUAGCUGAUAAAAAAGGCAUCAAGCUGAGAUUCUGUAGUUUAAAGGAGUGUGAGAGUCAUAUACACACGCUUGAUAGUCCAUGUGGCAACAUCCGAUUGGAGAUUGGGUGGCCCCCGGGUGUGCCAUUUGUUCAUCCACAUGAUCUUCCAAAUAAGGCAAAGAUUGGAUUUCUUGAAACGUAUGAACCUGGUUGGACUGCUAAUCAUGAUAUGGAGCUCACUUUGAUUGAAACUGGACAGUCUAGUCAACAUGCUGAUGGAUAACUGAAUGAAUUUCAAGAUUGAGCGAAUGAAAGGGGCUUGUUGUAAGUUAGGUGAGAAAUUGUUUAAACUCAAGUGCACGCUUUGGAUUUUCUUUUUAUUUAAUUACAUUUAAAAUUUUCCUUGAUUCAGUUUCUGUGCUUCUUGAGUUUCAUCAUGUUUCGUUUUUUGUUGAGUAAAUAACAACUUAUUAGAUUUUCAA